CUGUUUAUCAGAGCUGGCGCUUUGACAAAGCCACGAUAGUUCUCGCAGACUGCCUCCAGCGGAAGGACGCGACAGCGAGUACUGCAACGGCACGAUGCGGACGGUUUGCGUGGCUUUGCUGCUGCUUUUCCUUGAAUCGACAAGUUAUGGCCAUGAGGAAAAGGAUUUCGAAUGCCCACAUACGGGUGCCGCUGUUCCAGCUACAUCAGUUUGCGACGGUAUUCUGGACUGCAGUCCAACGUCUAAUGUUACCAGUAGUGACGGCCUGUCCGACGAAGGCACAGAUAUUUGCGCUCCUGCGCCUUUCUUGGGCUCACGAGAUUGGUUGAAGCCAUGGACGCAUUACACCGUAAUCCUGAGGCCAUUUUACACAGAGAGUGGCAAGCCUCAAGCUUCGUACAAGAUUGGCAGAGCAGCAUUGUUGAACGUCCGGACACAAUCUUCUGCACCGGAAGAGCCCGGCUUGGCGUCCGUGCUCUCGGCCCAGCAGCGCCGCGUUGUGCUCAACAUCAUCGGUCCACCAGCCUGGAACAGCGACCCGGUUGGAUUCCACCUGAUGUGGAAGGCGGUCAGUGACCGCCGCGGACUACAAGGGGAGAUGAGCGUGCCGCUGCCGCCCGAGUGGUCUCCUGUAGAGAAUACGCUAAACGUCACGCUACCGCUGCCAGGUGGUCACGACUACCGUGUUUCUGUGAGCGCCCUAGGUGCGGACGGUGCCGGCAACGAUCUCUGGGGACCCGCAGUAGACGUCCACGUCAGUCUGCCCCUCGACUAUUACGAGAUUUCAGCACACGCCAUUAACUCAUCCAGGGCAGUCAUCUCAUGGCGGGCGUCCGAGCUAGUUGAAGUUUUCAAGGUAAGUUUUUUUGGUCGGCUGGACAACGUGACCAACAUAGCAAGUGUGGAUGUAUCGGCCUCUAACGACCUGGCUACUUUGGUACGGCAAGUUAAAAGAGAUGAACUAGCUCAUUUUCAAGGCCCAGAUGCCAACCGCGUGUGCCACCAAUGCUCCGUUGAUGAGCGCUACUUGGAGGCGCCGGCGGCCUGGCCACGACCUGCCUGCGGUGACCGCCCCGUUUUCGACAACGCCCAUGCCCAGAGCACCAUGAUCCAGCCACAAGCAACGAGUUUUGAACGUCGACAUGACAGACAGCCUCGACGUGGCUCGUCUCCCGUCUACAAUGUGCCUUGGAGGUUUGUACCCAACAUGAAUGAAAUCGCAACCCACCUGUGUGCUACAGCUGCGGGGCUCAGGGACACAUCGCGCGGUAUUGCCGCCGUCACCCACAGCGUGCUCCGCGAGAUCGCGCAUAUCCGCCUCGCAUGCAGGAAGCUACAUCCUGCCAACCAUUUGUCCCUUUCCGCCAGCCACAUCGAGACUACACGUGCAUGCCAAAGAAUGACUCUCCAUGUCCGACCGCAACCUGACUCCACCGCCGACUCGGACACGUCGAUCGCCAUCUCCACGUCGCCGCUCGCCUACGCCGCCCCAGAGGGAAACAUGCUGGUGCGACCGAUGGAGGUGAGGUCGCGGGACGGCUACUGCCAAAUACCGAUGCACCCGCCAGACAAGGAGAAGACUGCCUUCGUAAUGCCGAACGGACUCUUCGAGUUUAACGUAAUGCCUUUCGGGCAAAGAAGACUUUAUUACUACUCUUCGUGGGAAUUUGAAGGCACCGACACGACGUCUUCGAGGCCGACUGUUCUUGUUACCGAUCUGAAGCCUUGGGCGUACUAUAUGGCAAGCCUCGAGGGUUGCCUUGGAGAAAACUGUAGCGCUGCAGUGAACACGACAUUCAGAACACCACCAGAAUACUUACCAGAGCCCACUGUCAUCAGAGUCGUAUCUACAAGUAACAGCUCGUUCGAACUCCUCUGGUGGUUCCCGACACGUGAUAUACGCCUCUACGACGGCUUCCGUGUGCGCUACUGUCCGACGAGCGCUGCCUCCUGUCCAGAUUACACCAAGAAAGAAGAACUGACUGUGCGCGGGCUCGAUUCUGGCAUGACCUACAACAUUGACGUGCGCGCACAGUUCAUAAGUACGGACGGACGACUGCUGUUCGGGCGGGCUGCAUCGGCGUCGGUGACCACGUGGAAAGAGCUCCCCGACCUAAAUGUCACCUAUGAGGCAAGAAUUCAAGACGACGUUGGAACCUAUUUGCUAGGCUGGGAGUGCGCCAACAGCAACGUCGACUACUUCGAG